AUGAGGCUCCUGCUGCUGCUCUGCGCGGCCGCGCUGGCUCCCGGCUGCUUCUCCCUGGAGCAGGAGACAGAAGUCCUCCCCGAGGUCUCCAUUGCCUACAGCGUCCUGGAGGUCUUCCCCCGAGGCCGGCGGGUGCUGAUAACCUGCCACGUGCCCAACCUGCCCCCGCCCAUCACCUACUCCCUCUGGGGGAGCCGGGACAUUCAAGUGGCCAAGAAGGUGGUGAACACCCGCGACCCGGCCUCCUUCACCGUCAACGUCACGCUCAAGUCCAGGCCAGACCUGCUCACCUACACCUGCCAGGGGGCCACCCCCUGGGGCACGCAGGUGGCCAGCGCCAAGCUGCAGCUGUACUGGGAGCUGUGGGCUGAGCCCGUGUCCCAGCUGAAAGCUGACUUCACCCUGCUGGACGGAGGGGCAGACCCGAGGGUGCAGGUGUCCUGCCAGGCCUCCUCGGGCAGCCCGCCCAUCACCUACCACCUGGUCAGGAAGGACGGGCACGUCCACAUGCAGCAGACGCCGCACCCCGGGCAGCCUGCCAACUUCUCCUUCCCACUGACCCAGGCGUCCUACUGGUACCAGUGCCAGGCCAAAAAUGACAUCAGUGCCCAGAGCAGCCCCUUCACCCUGGUGCCCCCAGGACAGCUGCCCAAGGGCCCCACCUUCGUGCUGGCUGCCAGCCUCACCUCCAUCACAGCUAUCACCUCCGGGAUGCUGGGCUGGACCGCGUGGAACAGAAGGACCCACCAUUCGGAUGGAGAGCCGAGCACCAGCCUGGACUCCCGGAGCCCUGGUGUCCUGCAGGGAAGGUGUCAAGGUCGGGCGGGGCUGUAGAGGGGAGAGGAGGUCCCGGGGUCAGAGGGGGCUCUGUGUCCUUGCUCCUUAGCUGCUCAUCACCGUCCAUGUGGUCUGGAAAGAAGGGGGGGAAGACUGUGAAAAGGCCCAGCUGUACCCCCACUCAGGGCCUCCCCCUUCCCCCACAUCGGCUCCCCUCUUCCCUGCAGUGGCGCCCUGUCUCCCUGUGGCCCAGUCCUCUGGCCC